AUGGCUCAACCCCCGUGGGGGAAUCAACUGCCGGGGCUCGCGGACGAUCAAGUCGGUACGUCUGACUUGCCUGAGAACCAGUACCCAUGGAACCAGCCUUCAGGAAGCCAACUGCAACCGCCCAUCGACACAAAUUCACGCCCUCAUUCCAUGCAGAUGAGGCCCGGUGCCAUCGACCAAAAUUGUGACCAAUUUUCUGGUCUCCAUGCCGUCCCUUCCCCUGCUUCCGUCGAAUCUACCUUUCCACAGCCAGCUCGCUUCCUCUCAAGCAGUGCCUCGUUCAACGGAAACAUGGUCAUGCCCCCCGCCAGUACCUCCCCCCAGAGCGUCACCAACACUUGGAACAUGGUCAGCCCCCAACAGCCUCCCCAGGGGAAUGACCUUCCGCCAAUUUCGCCUGCAAGCUCCUUUGUGCCCGUUUACCAUGGACAUCCUACACCUCAUAUUCAUGAACAGCAUGCUCUGCCCGAGGCUGUAGGAGAGUCCCUCGAUCCAGAAGGGGAACAAGUCCACGACCUUGAUUCCUGCGACACUGAGAAUUUCGCGCCACUGUGUGAAUUCUCUCGACCCUGCCAAAUGUCACCCAGUCCCGAUGGCGUUCAUUUUCGAAAGAUUGUGUCCCAUCUCUUCGGAAGGAACAAGGCCUCCACGAAGCUCUUUCCGGAUAGUGUUUGGGUCUAUUAUUGUCGGAAACAUUACCAGCGCGCUAGAUACCGGGCCGAGCAGUGGCCUUUCAAUCAGUGUGAGCUGUUGAUGCAGUCUCUCGACCGCAUGGAGCAGUGGGGCCAUGUCCUCUGCUUCGAACUGCGUCUUCGUCGCCGGGAGGCGUUGCGCGCCGAUGGACAGGGCGAGCGCCCGGCCCCAACAGGGCUCCUGGGUAACGGUCGUCGGCACCCAACUGCAAUCACGGCCCCCGUGCCUGAGUGGCUGCAGCGUGAGGUAGGGACUGGAAAGUCCUUUGAUGAGAUCCGAAACAUCGUGGAGCGGAUCCGAACUCAUCUAACAAAGAUCAAAAACGAAGAGGACAGCAAGAAACUGAGGCGUACCAAGCCAAAUGGCGGUGCCACCCUCUCAAAGGAUGAUAGGAAGCUUGCACAAAAUGCCGCCUAUCAUGAACGGAAUAGUUUGGUGCGGUUCCCAGAUAUCGAGAUUCUGCCCACGUUCGACCCACUCGUGAUCGAGGAAGCUCGUCAACGUUCCUCCCAGAAGAAGCGGGCCAAGAAGGGAGGCAGUGAGAAGAGUCACGAGCAGGAGCAUACCAACGGAAGCGAGGAAUACUCCGAAGACGAUGAGGAGAUUUUCGAGGAUGGCGCUGCCGCCUCUGGCCAGGGGGUCGCAAAGGCGCUAAGCUGGUCACUCGUGUUUCCGCUAAAGGAGCCAUCAAAAAGCCCCUCGACAAGAAAAAGAGAUAAGCGACCAGCAAAUGCCAAUCCAAUCACCCAUGGUCAUCUGAAUUUCGGGGCAUGGUGGAGGAGUAUUUCAUGGAUUGAGAAGGUCACUCAACGAUCAUCUAUCAUCUCGACAGUGAAUGUCAGGUGA